AUAUUUUCAGUCAAAAGAAUAUAUUAGAAAAUAAUGACAGAAGCAGAUAUUACUAAAAGUGCACCAGAAGAUAAACUUACUUCCAAUUUGACAUUAUACUUUAGGGAAUACUGCCAAAAUAGUACCAUUCAUGGAUUAAAAUAUUUAGCUAGCAAUGAAAAAAGAAUGUGGUACGAAAGAUUAUGGUGGAUUUGCAGUAUUGCUUUAUCUUUAUUUCUUUGCAUUUCACUAAUCAUGAGUAUAUACAUUAAAUGGGAAAAUUCACCAAUAAUUGUAAGUUUUGCUACAAAGGAGACUCCAAUAUGGCAAACACCUUUUCCUGUUUUGACUAUUUGUCCAGAAACAAAAGCCACACCUAACAAAUUCAAUUACCAUAAAUUUUUAUUAUUAAAUAGGGAAAACGAAUCAAUUGAUCCUGAAAAUGAAACCAAAUUCGGUCUUUUAUCACUUUUAUGCAAUUAUGAUGAAAAUAUAAAUAUAAAAUCGACAUUUAAUGGAACACCUGAGGAUAUUAUUCACUUCUAUGAAGAGGUACAACCUGACUUCUAUAAAACUAUAUCAGAUUGUAGAUUUAUGGGAAAAAGGUUUAAUUGUCGGGAACUAUUUGUGCCUAUUUUCACGGAAGAAGGAAUUUGUUAUUCAUUUAAUAUGCUCGACAGACAUGACAUCUAUAGAGAAAAAGUUGUUCAUUACAAAAACUUCGGGAGCACCUUUCCCACCAACUGGAGUUUGGAACAUGGAUAUCCAAUUCGAGAUAAACGAGGUACAUAUCCAUUCAGAGCCUUAUUUGCAGGAGUUGUGUUUGCAUUAGAAGCCAAACUUACCGUAAACGAGUCUGAUUUGGAUUACUUUUGCAAAUCAUCCAUUCAGGGAUAUAAAAUGGAAAUAUCGCACCCGUCUAGAGUACCACGGCCCAAAUAUGAUCACAUCAGAAUUCCCCUCGAUCAAGCAAUAAUGGCAACUUUAAUUUUGGAUAUGAUGUCUACUUCCAAAGCUGUAAAAAACUAUAACCCAAGACGAAGAAACUGCUAUAUGCCAAAUGAAAGACCUCUUAACUAUUUCAAAAUUUACACACAACAGAACUGCAAAUUGGAGUGUUUAACUAAUUACACACUAAACAAAUGCGGUUGCACCACUGCGUAUAUGCCAAGAGAGAAUAUCACUAGAAUUUGCAACGGUCUUGACAAUCAUUGUGUUUGUUUGGCUGAAAUGGAUAUGCUUAAUGCAAGUAUAGAUGGACAUUUGCUUAAAUUGGAAGGAAAACAGACAAGUACUGAAUGUGAUUGUUUACCUAUUUGUUCGAAGAUGAAUUAUAUAAUUCAAAGUUCCCAACUCAAUUGGAAUUGGGCCGCUGAAGAUUCAAAUUACACAAAAGGAAAGCACAUGUCAAUGUUUCAAGUGUUCUUCAAAGAUAACCAAUUCAUCACAUCGGAAAGAAAUGAGCUGUUCGGGCCAAUAGAUUUCGUCGCAAACUUAGGUGGAUUACUUGGACUUUUUAUUGGAUUUUCAAUGUUAUCUUUAAUCGAAAUAGUUUAUUAUAUUACACUUCGACUAAUUGCUAAUUUUAAUAUAUUUGGACGGAAAUAUUGGGCUGGAAAUACCGUUAAGGAAAAUAUUUGUUAAUUUUUAUAAAUGCUGUAAUUUCUAAACCAUAUAUUACUUCAGAAAUUAUUAACCGUAGGGCUAAAUUUUAAGAACAUGUUUCUGGAAAACAAUAUUUGCUAUUAAGUGUUAAUAAUAUAUUAUAUUAUACUAUUAGACUGCCACAAUAUAGUAAAAAAAAAGGUUCCUUCCAGUCGCAAAUAUUUUUAUCCUUAUAUUUACAUACAAGCGAGAAUCAAUUAUAGUAUAGUAUAGUUGAUCCAAAAGAUGGCAUCCAAAGUGAAAGUUAUCCUUCAAC